AUGUUUUUCAGAAAACAAAACCUUCCGUCUUCAUGGACGAAAAAAGAAAAACACAACAAAAGUACUCACAAAUACACCCUCUUCUUCUUCCUCUUCCUCUUUGUCUGGUUUCUCGUACUUCUCUUCUGGUUCCCACCAAACCGAAACGUCAAAAUCGACGUUAACAAAGCCAAAGUUUCAUGUAAUAUAGCAAAUUUCUCGGUCUACGUGUACGACAUGCCGACCGAGUUCAACGUGGGCCUUGUGGAAGACUGCCGCCACCUUAACAUCUACACCGACAUGUGUCCCCACGUCGCCAAUAACGGGCUGGGCCAGCCCAUUUCUCCAUUGGGCUCUCCGGCCGAGACCACCUGGCCCAGCUGGUUCGCCACCCACCAGUUCAUCGCCGAGAUGAUCUUCCAUGCGCGCGUGGAGAAUCACCCCUGCCGCACUCGCGAUCCCCGACGCGCCUCCCUCUUCUACGUCCCCUUCUACGGUGGCCUCCACGCUUCGAGCAAGUUCCGCGAGCUUAAUCUGACGGCCCGCGACGCUCUAGCCGUCAGAUUGGCUGACUUUGUCCAAAGCCAGCCGUGGUGGAAGAAGAAUGACGGAAGGGACCACUUCAUCGCCCUAGGGAGGACCGCAUGGGAUUUCAUGCGCUCCGAUGACGCUCCCGAUUUCGGCGCUAAUUGUCUGCUAAACUUACCGACGUUGACGAACAUGUCGGUGAUGACAGUCGAGAGAAACCCAUGGAAAGGCGCUAACCAGCACGGGAUCCCCUACGCUUCCUACUUCCACCCCUCCACGUGGCAGGAGAUGUCUACGUGGCAAAACAACAUUAAACGGGCCUCGCGGCCCAAUCUAUUCUCAUUCAUCGGCGGGCCCAGAAAUGGACUGGAGAAAGCGGCCAUAAGAGACCGGCUUAUAAGUCAAUGCGCCGGUUCGAAUCGGUGCGAGCUUCUGCAAUGCGGUCCGGGCCACUACAAGUGCCACGAACCGGGUCAGGUUUUAGGCGUGAUGAGCCGGUCCGUGUUCUGCCUCCAAGCGCCGGGCGACUCGUUCACCCGGCGGUCCACGUUUGACUCAGUCCUGGCCGGCUGCAUUCCGGUUUUUUUCUCGCCGCACACGGCUUAUACGCAGUACAAGUGGUUUUUCCCGGAGGACAAGAGAGAGUACUCGGUUUUCAUCGACGAGAAGAGCGAGGAGAGUACGAGGAUUGAGGAUGUUUUGGCGAGGAUUCCUAGAGAGAGAGUGGAGAGAAUGAGAGAGAAAGUGGUGGAACUGAUCCCGAGGGUAACAUACGCACACCCGAACGCGACGGACUUGUGGUUCGACGACGCCGUUGACGUCGCGCUUGCCUCACUUGCCAAGCACGUUAGGGAAAACCUAUAAUUGGUAGUUGAUAAAAAUAUACGAUUUAUUUAUCACAUCAUUGAUUAUUUUUAUUUGUUUUGAAAAAUAAUUGCAUUGUUUUCAUCGAAAAACCUCCUGGAUUACUAAAGGAUUAAGCAGGAAAGGAGUUUUUUAUUCCAAUUAGUAGUUGUUUGUUGACUUAUUGACUAAUAUCACAUGCUGUACCGCCAAUCCCGGCUUAAUAUUUUGAUUUUCUUUGUAUAAAGAGAUUUUUCUAUAAUUUUGUAGGAA